CUGGUGAUAAAUUCAUUUGGGACGCGUUCAGUGAUUUUCGCAACACAAAACUUCAUCCGAUUGUCAACAAAACAAAUCUUGAGUGAACCACCGCUAAGCGUCAAUAAUUUCUUACGAUCGGAAGUCAACUUGUGUAUCCACAUCAGGACCGCUUUGGAGAGUUAAUGCGCUCUGUGCUUCGCUUUAUUCAGCCUUUGAUCAACGUUAGCGGUAUUAGGAUGUCUUCGACAGGGUCCAUGAAAUCCGGUGAAUAUCCAACCACGUUGGAAGGAUUUGGAUACGGUUUUAACGAGAAAGGAGAACUGAGACAGCUCGAUAAGAAAACCGGUAAAUUGACCGACAAUGGUUUUGAUUUCAAUAUUUACACCUCGGCUCAACAGAACCAAGCACAUUACGAAGCACUCGGAGACGUUAUCAGUGAUUAUGUUUACGAACGGUUGGAGAAAACAGUUGGAUUGAAAAAACUAUACAUGUCGGAUGACGUUCCACAAGAAGAGGCAACAUUCAUUUUUAGCACUCAAGAAGAAUUGAUGAAGCCGAAAAAAUUGCUAGUACUGAUACACGGUAGCGGUGUUGUUCGGGCCGGACAGUGGGCUAGAAGCCUGAUUAUCAAUCACUCGCUGGAUGCAGGUACGCAAAUACCCUACAUAAACAUGGCCCGCAAAUUGGGCUACGAAGUGCUGGUAACCAACACCAACGAUAAUUAUCGCCCAAUUGGAGGAUCUACGAAGCCGAUCAAGGGUAGCAGGAAUCCCACUGAACACGCCGUAUCGGUAUUUGAGAGACACGUGAUGGCAUGUGAUCCGGAGGCUGUCGCUAUCGUGGCACAUAGUUAUGGUGGCGUAGUCACAGUGGAACUGGCGCAAAAGUUUCCUAAAUUUUUCAAGGAUAAGGUGUUCGCGGUCGGUUUCACCGAUAGUGUUCAUUCGUCUUCUCUAGUUCCGGAGGUGUUGAUAGGGAUGGGCCGAAAUUGGGUAUCAUCAAAAGAGCCAAUCAACACAACGCUUACCAUCGCUAAGCACGACCUACCGCGAUACUCAGCAGGCCACUCCAAGCACGAGAUGACAUCAUAUUCUUGCAUGAAUGUGUUGUUUUCAUUCUUAGAGCAACGGUAUGAGCUGUUUCAAAAAAGCGUAACUGGAGCAGAUUCUAAGAAGCCGAAGGGUGAACUGUAACUGUACUCUGGUCCAUUCAAACUCCCCUCGCAAACAAGGAAACAGGCACAACGUUGUAAAAUUUCGAAUCUAAGCAUAAAAUCAAGUUCAAAAGUAAAGAGAGUGUUUCUUGUGCAGUUCUAGUGUAAAUUAAAAUA